GUAAUUAUGUGUACAGGGUUUGUAAUUCUAUGUGUGGGGCUUGUCAUUCUGUGCAUGGAGUUUGAAAUCCUCUGUGUGGGGUUUGUAAUCCGUGCCGGCUCGUCUGUCAGUGAAGCGCGUGUCAAAGCCUGUGCAGGCUGGGCACGUUCCCUGUGCCCAGGGCAUUCUGUGCCCACCUGUGCUGUCUCUGCUCUCUUUGCUGUGUGCCAGCUGCGGGAGGUGAAGGGGGACCUGUUCUCGUGCCCGCCGUCGGACGCGCUGGCGCACUGCAUCAGCGAGGACUGCCGCAUGGGCGCCGGCAUCGCCGUGCUCUUCAAGAAGAAGUUCGGAGGCGUCCAGGAGCUGCUGGACCAAAAGAAGAAGACAGGGGAGGUGGCUGUUCUGCAGAGAGAUGACAGAUACAUUUACUACCUGAUCACAAAGCAGAAGGUGUCUCACAAACCAACGUACGAGAGCAUGAGGAAGAGCUUGGAAGCCAUGAGAGCUCACUGCCUGCACAACGGGGUCACGGACAUCUCCAUGCCCAGGAUUGGAUGUGGACUUGAUGGCCUGCAGUGGGAUAAAGUUUCAGCGAUCCUUGGGGAAGUGUUUGAGAACACUGACAUCAAGAUCACAGUUUACAGCCUGUGAGCAGAAGAGUCAAAGAGCCCCUUUUCCCCCACUUUUGGGAGUGGAAGCUGUGAACUGCCAAGGGGGGCCUGCCUGGGGAGCACGUUCUGCGUCGGGGUCACUCACCCGUGGGACAGUGACAGAGGCUUCCAGCAGCAACAAGCUCCAGAGGAGUUAAUUUGGGUGUUAACUAGAAGGCAGCAGCGGUGUUGUGGAAACCCUCGAGGUGUUCCCAGUCUGUCCCAGCAGCCACCAGGUGUCACUGGGCCUCCACGCAGCUCCUGGGCAGCUGAACGGAGCUGCUGCCGCCGGGGGAGUUGUUUGGGUUUUGGUUUCUCGUUGGGGUCGGUGCUGAGGAGCUGCCCCAGGGAGCCCUGUCACUGCUGUUCAAGUUUUGCAAUGUCCUACCCGGCACUCGUUCACUUCACCUGUUCUCACAGGUGUAACAGUUUAAUUUCUCCCUUCUAGCCACAAAUAGGGUUUGAUGGUUUUGUGUUCACUAAGGAUCAUGCUGUGAUGUUAAAUAAAUGGUGCCCUGCUGUUGGAUCAGAGCUCAUCCCUGUGGCUCUUCUGGGGGAAAGCUGGAAAUGUGUAAAUACCCCUUGGGGGUGUGUUUUAUACAAUAUCUAUAUAAUUUAUAGUCUGCAGAGCUGAGUUUUUGGGGAAUCCGAACGUGGGAAUGACUUGUGCUCUGAAAAACUCCCAGUGUGGAGUUUGAAGUUGGAUCUUCACGUUUCUUUGUUCACUGCAUCUGUAGUUCAGGUGUUACACAUAGGUUGGAGCUCGUCACCCACAGCAGAGGUAAAUCAGUAACACCCCUCGUUCAUCAGAUUGUUGGAAAACACCCGGUUCUGGAAAGUUUGUGACAGUUGCUCAGUUCUGAAACUAGACUCCCCAUUUCCUUCAUGUUUGGUUUCCCACCCUCCCACAAUAACAAAUCCUUUUCACUUCUCAUACUGAAUGCCCAGAAAAGUGCCAGGUGUGCUGAAUAAAUGUAAAAAUGGGACAUAACAGUUGGAAAGCAGGUUCAAUUUAGGACUUCUUGCAAGUAGAGAAGAAGGAAUAAACAGGGCUUUGGCUUUUGCAGUGA